GCUAGAAACGACAGGACAGGACAGACAGGAGCUAAGCGGAAUUAAAAUAUUUGGAUAAAAAUGAACCACGUACAAAAAGUUAGAGUUUUGUACAAGACUAUUCUUCGUAUGCACCGUGGACUGCCGGUGGCGUUGCAGGAGCUCGGUAAUAACUACGUAAAAGAAGAGUUUAAACGCCACAAGAAUUGCUCUCCUAUGGAAAGCCAGAAAUUUAUGAGCGAAUGGGCAGGAUAUGCGAUAAAUCUUGCUGAGCAACUGGGGUUGCGAGGGAAACCCGGACCGAUAGGAAUGAUAGGAGAAGAUUUGACUGAAAAUCAAUUAAACCAUUUUCGAGAUGAACAGAUAGCGCAGUUGUAUGAGCUACUGCAGGAAGCCAAACGAUAAUAGAUGAUAAAGGGCCAUUCGAUGGCAACGAUCGGAUUCCAUGGCUUCCUUAUAUACGCUGUUACCUCCGACAACCCAAAUGUUCUCUAUGUAUUCCCCAUGGUCAGUUGAAUCCAGCUUGUGCAAUGCUUCCAGCAGGCUGCCACAAACCAACACAUCCGGCGGAAAAGUAUAGGCAGCCGCAUUUCGCGUCAACACAAUAUUUAGACGCUCCGACAAUGGACGUUUGCUUUCUGGGACCCCGAAGUACGUUUUUCUUCCCAUGAUAACCGCAUUUCUUUUGUCAGCAUCAUUAACUUUCUUCGUAGUAUGUGAAAAAUAUUUUAGUUCCUGCCUGUAAAGAUAACCAAUACACAAAGUUCAGAGGCGUUGGGGAUGGAACAGACCUGUAUGCUUCAUUCACUUUAA